AUGAAUAAGACGUCCUGUUCUGAUAUCAGCUUUGACUUUACAAGCAGAUUCCUGCCUCCUGUUUACAUCUUUGUAUUCAUCGUUGGUCUGAUGGCUAAUGGAUGGGGAUUGAAGUCUUUGCUGCAGAAAUGGAGGAAACUAAAGAUCAUCAAUGUUUUUGUUCUGAACCUUGGCCUUGCAGAUAUUGUAUAUCUGCUCACACUCCCAUUUCUGAUGGUGUACUACGUUAUGGGGAGUAAAUGGAUCUUUGGAGACACAUUCUGCAAGAUAACAAGAUUCUGCUUCAACCUGAAUUUAUACGGCAGCAUUGGGUUCCUUACUUGUAUAAGUGUGUACAGGUACCUGGCCAUUGUCCAUCCAGUGAGAGCAAUGGGAAGAUUAACUGUCACCCACUCUGUGGCUAUCUCAAUCAUGGUUUGGCUGCUGGUGAGCGUUCAAAGUCUCCCUGACAUGUUCUACACCAAGACAUUUGGAAACACCACUGAAAGUUGCUUCGAUACCACCGAUCAGACAAACGUUGAGGAUUACCUGAAAUACAGCUUCGGAUGGACACUCACUGGAUUUUGUAUCCCAUUCCUCAUCACACUGGGCUGCUAUGGACAUGUGACUGCAAUUAUCUGCCGCAAAAAAUUCACUGACAAGGUACAGAAACAAAGAAAUUUGACAAUGUUGCUCAUUUUGAUUGUGCUCUUCUCUGUUUGUUACAUCCCCUAUCAUGUAUUCAAGAACCUCAACCUCUGGUCAAGAGUUCUGCUCAAACAGCAGAUAUGCUGUCAAUGGUCUAAUACAGUCUACGUAGCUCACCAGAUAAGUCGUGGACUUGUGUGUCUGAACAGUGUUCUUAACCCUCUGGUUUACCUCCAUGGAAAUUGA